AAAAAUUUUGCGUUGUUAUUUUCGCCACAUGACACUAUGCAAAGUGAAUGUCAACUUUUAUUUUCAACAUGAUACAUAACCAUGCCUCGGAUGAGAUAUGAUGUCCCAAGACCUGUUGUUAUACUAAGUGUUAUUGGCACAACAUUUGGUGUGACAGUGCUUAUAAAGGACAAAUAUGGCGGAAAGAAGUACGAGGAGAGUACAGACAUGUUUGGUAAAACAGUUGUUAUCACAGGCGCAAAUUCGGGAAUCGGCAAGGAGACAGCCAAAAUUCUUAGCAAAAGAGGUGGUCGUGUGAUCAUGGCCUGUAGAAAUAUGACAGCCUGCGAAACACUGAGGAAAGAGAUAUAUGAAAUGAGUCUUAACCCAAGUAUUGAGUGCCGAAAACUGGACCUGUCUUCCACAGAGUCAAUUCACAGUUUUGUUGAUGGUCUCAAAAAAGACGGUAGAAAUGUGGAUGUGCUGAUAAACAACGCUGGAAUGAUGUGUGGCCCCAAAAACGUUACAGACGAUGGUUUUGAGUGGCAGCUGGGAGUAAAUUACCUUGGUCCAUUCUUGCUUACAAAUCUGCUCCUGGACAAGUUAAAAGCAGCUCCACAAGGCAGAAUUAUCAACCUAGUCAGUCCCUUCUUCAAAAGGAGCUCCGUCAACUUUGAGGAUCUCAACAGCACCAAGAACUAUGUGCCCAAGGAGGCAUACGGGCAGAGUAAACUAGCUCUAGUGUUGUUUUCACAGGAACUAGCAAGGAGGCUAGAAGGUACAAGAGUCACUGUGAACUGUGUGAACCCAGGUGUAUGCAAGACAGACAUUGGGCGCCAUCUGCCUGUUUCCCAGUCCAUGUUUGGCGGUCUGAUCAACCCCCUACUCUGGGUGUUCUGUAAGACGGCAUUCCAGGGCGCGCAAACACCUGUGUUUCUCUCCAUCGAUGAUAACCUGGCCAAAACCACAGGGAAAUACUUCACUGACAUGAAAGAAGAUCAACUCACUCCAAAUGCUCUUGAUGAGGCGGCAGCCAAGCGACUAUGGCUUAUCAGUGAAAAAUGGACAAAACUUUCACAAGAAACUUAGCACUAUGUAUUGUAAUUUGUGUGAUAUUUUAAACUGCAUACAGAUCUAAAUAUAAUCAUGGUGUACUAGUAUUACAAAAAUUGUACAACAUA